AUGGGGAAUCCGUGGGGUUUGGGGCUCCAUCUCAUUUUCAUAUGUGUUUUUUUGUUUGCAACCAAAUAUACUUGUUUGGGUGUUGGAAAUGUCACUGUUGUUUGCUCCCAGAAAGAACGACUUGCUCUUCUCAGGUUCAAAGGGAGUGUCAUCAAAAAUCGUUACGGAAUGUUGUCUUCAUGGGUGGGGGAGGAUUGUUGCCAGUGGGAAAGAAUCCACUGUGACAGUCUCACUGGAACCGUUGACAGCCUCAAUCUCAGAGGAGGCCCUUCUUACAGUGAAGGAGAAGGCUACUUAGUUGGUAAUGAGGUGAACUCUUCUUUGGCUGAGUUGAGGCAUCUCAAGUACCUGGACUUGAGUUGGAAUGAUUUACGUGGAAGCCGGAUCCCUAAGUUCAUUGGAUCCUUCAAACAGCUGAGAUAUCUCAAUCUCUCUUAUGCUGGUUUUCAAGGUAUUAUUCCUCCCCACAUUGGAAAUCUUUCUAAUUUAAAGGUUUUGGAUCUCCGUUCAAAUGAUAAUCUGACAUCAGAUGAUAUGUCAUGGACUUUUGGCCUUCCAUCACUCGAGCAUCUCGAUUUGAGUUGGGUGGAUCUUGGCGGAGCAAAGAACAUGGACAUGGUGCUUUACAAUCUUCCUUCGUUAAAAGUGUUAAGUUUGUGUGGUUGUAGACUUUCCAAUGUCCAUCUUGGUCCUUCUCUUAAUUCGAGUAGAAUUCUUUCCAACAUAAAACACCUUGAUCUUGGCUCCAAUUCUUUCAAAGGCCCACUCCCUGGAUUUUUCCGAAACAUGACAUCCCUUGAAUUUCUGGAUCUUUCUGGUUUUAAUCUUAGUUUGUCAUGGAACUUUGCAAACGUGCUAAACAUGAUCCCUUCCUCUUUAUCAGAGCUGCAUUUUUCAAGUUGUUGGCUAGAUAAUAAGACUUUUCUAUCUUCCGCUCAUUUUAAUAUCAGUAUGCUUUCUAACAUCCAACACCUGGAUCUUAGCUGGAAUUCAAUUGAAGGCAUAAUUCCAUCUUUUUUCACAAACAUGAGUUCCUUAAGAGUCCUUGAUCUCUCAGGAAACAUGCUGCAUUCUUGGGUUCCAAUUAUGCCUGACCUUCUAGAGCUUGAUCUUUCUUCUAACCAUUUUAAGAAUAUUGAGGAUGUUGGAAUCUGGAGACAGUGUCACCUGAAACAGUUGUUUGCAUUGAGGAAUCCUUUUGAAAUAGAAAGGAUUGACCCACCGCAAAACGUUUCAGAAUGCUCCCAAUAUGCUUUGGAGCGGUUGGAUUUAAGUGGGUGUUUGAAUGGUACGAUUCCAGAAGCAUUUGGAAGACUAACCAAUUUAAGAGUCUUACUUCUAAUGAGCAGCAGUUUGACAGGUCCAAUCCCCGAAUCUCUAGGAAGAUUAAGAUAUUUAGAAGAAUUAUAUUUAUCUGAUAACCGGUUAACCGGUCCCAUUCCUACAUUCCUUGGGAAUCUUUCCAGACUUGACCUUUCUUAUAACCAAUUGAAUGGGCCCCAUCCCAGCAUCUCUAGGAAGACUUGUUUCAUUACAAGCAAUUCGGUUGUCUUCAAAUUUGUUAAACGGGACUAUUCCCGUCUCAAUUGGGCAACUUGCCAAACUCUAUAA